AUGAGGCCCCGGCCUCGCCUGGCUCCGCCCGCCGGCCUCGCGGUGCCCGUGGCGGGCGACCAGCUACGCGAGGCCCGGUCACCAAUCUCCGGAAAGGAGGAGAUUGUUCCUGAGUUUGAGGGUGGCUGCCAAGACAGAAGGGUCAGCGAAGGAGGCAGCACAGACCUAAAGGAGGUAUUCAAGGACAGGAAUCUCAUCGUUUUCGCUAGUGACCAUCAGUACCCCGACCACUCGGUUCAGCUGGACUUUCAUUUUGCACGUGGCGGCCGAGGUACCACUCACUGGCACGGCCUUCUCCAAGGACACAGCCUUUUUCUUGACAUGCCUCACCGUGUCCUGGACCUCAACUGCCGUGAAAGUCUGACUGCAACGCUGGAAUACAUUGAGGAAAAAACAGAGGCAGACCAGGUGUUCAUCAACUUCCACAAGUCCCGGUCUGAUCGGGCCGACUUGCUAAGGGCAUUUGGCUUUUUGGGUUUUGAACUCGUGCAUCCAGACCACCCUGCCCUUCCACCCUGGGAGGAUACCAUUUUCAUGGCCUACACCAUGGAACAAGGCCUCUGCCAGGAGCAGGAGACCCCCCCGGCAGGCACACCGGACCAAGCAGAUGGGGCAGCAACAGUGAACAGCUUUCACUGAACGACGCGCCAGUGAGUGCAUCCAUCUGUCCCCGCACCCAGCGCCAUUAA